AUGUGUAUACAUAUACGAUCUCCGAGGCGCAAGCCUGUGAUCCCCGGAGCGCAGUUAUGCGAGGCAUCUGCUGAGCCGGCGGCCCUUGAGGUCGGUCUAAGAUGGAGUGCACUUCUGUGCGAGGUUGAGCCCCUGGAUAAUCGGGAGCUGUACACUCAACUUUUGCCAAGGACCCUUUCGGACAAGGUGGCGAGACAAGGUCGCUCAAGGCAGUGUCUAGAGCCGAGGCCACGCAACUUCGAUUCCCUGCCCAAGAGGACCUCUCAUGGCAGCCUACAGGCGAAGCCAUGGAACGUAGACGAUCACGGAUACAGCAAAAACAUAACAGGAAAGGAAGAGGAAAAGUUCAUUGCUUCCGGCCUUGAAUACGGCGAUAAGAGCGAGCCCGAAGCCUCCACAGACACGCCAAACACCAAUCCAACCACAGGAGAUAAGCCGUGGCUGCCGGCCAUCGCCACCUCCUCCUCGGCUGCAGGAGAAAGCUGCGAGAUAAGAGUAAAAAGGGUUCGAGAAGUGGUGACAAGUGUUAUCGCCACAGCCUCUGGCUACUGGGACACUCGCGAGGUGAUUAGCGGGCUUAGUGCGAAGCGCGGUGCUGCCCCGGGAGGACUUCCGCUGCACAACGUUCUGCGCCGUUAUCAGGUGCGUGGCAGCGGCUCGGGAAACGCCAAGGGGGCACGCAAAGUAGUAUGUCUUGAAGGUACGCCUCGGGGCACGUCUUGGGGCGUGACUCGGAGGUAUGCCUUGAGGGCCACGUCCCGGGGGUAUGCCUUGAGGGCCACGUCCCGAGGGUAUGCCUUGGUGAAGCUCUUUGUUGUGGCUUCUCUUGUGACGGCAUCCUUACCAGAGACGUUUAUUGUUUUGACUGACGUCAUAGCACGUCUCUUGCUGUGGCUUCUAGGGACGGCUGCUGACUUCUGUUGCAGCGCUACUAGAGGGAAAGUUGACAAGCAGAUGUUGAGUUCCCGCGCCGCCGCCUUCAGCGUCAAGGCGCUCCUGACGGCUCCCGGUCACCAGGAGGCCAAGCUGGAUGGAGGCCUCCGCGAAGCCAAGAAUGAGGACGAAACCCCGUGUCCUCAGGGCGAGAGGAAGCCGAGCGAGUCUCCGGCCGAGGUCUCGAGCGCGCGGCACGAGGCUCCGUCGGCGCCUUCGCCUUUGCCAGCGUCGCCGGCAGCGGAGGGGGAGGGGCCGGCCGAAGGCGGGGACUGCGCCAUGGAGGUUCUGCCUGAAGGGAGGACGCGUGGGGACGGCGAGGGCGACGGGAGAGCUGGCGACGACGAUGACGAUGAGGACCUCAUUGUUGACGUGGAAAGCAACAGCCCCUCGCCCUCCCCAGCCCCGACGCCUCACUCCCCACAAAGUGCAGCUUCAGGCCCCUCCCGCGGGAGCGCCUCGGGGGGGGCCUCCGCGUCCGGUUCCCCUGUGAGUGUGAUUUGCCGAACUCCCGGCGCUGGCUCGCCUACGCCUUCGCUCCCGGCUUCGGCUUCGGCUUGCACCCCCGUGGUCUCGCAACAGUAUCAGGACGAGGUUUUUCUGCCGCAGUCCCCCUCCAGUCGAGCUGACUGGCAGGUUUACUCUCAAUCUAGCACGUUGGGCGUGAGGUGGGUCGGGCCGGAGGCCGUAGGGAGCCAGGGCGACGGGGACGUCAGCAUUCACCUUCUGCAGCAGGACCUGUGGGCCAAGUUCCACAGUCUCGGAACGGAAAUGAUAAUCACGAAAAAUGGAAGGCGCAUGUUUCCUGUGGUGAAAGUGUGCCUCCGCGGCCUGGACCCCGAGAGGAAUUACAUGCUGUACAUGGACAUGACGGCUGUGGACACGCGCCGCUACAGAUACGUCUAUCCCAGCUCCCGCUGGAUGGUGGCAGGGACCGGCGAGCCCCUGGGAGACCAGGCCCCUUACAUCCACCCUGAUUCCCCUGCGUCGGGGGUCCAAUGGAUGGCGUCGCCCACGGUGGCCUUCGACAGACUCAAGCUCACCAACAACAAGACGAGGGAAUCCAGGGGGCAGAUCAUCCUGCACUCCAUGCAAAAGUACCAGCCGAGGAUCUGGGUGCAGGAGGUGCCCGCCGGAAGCUCCUGGGCCGACCUGCCGCGCCUCGUCGACCGCCACAGAGCACGCAGCGCCGUCUUCCAGGAAACCGUUUUCAUAACUGUUACUGCCUACCAGAAUCAGCAGAUAACCAGACUGAAAAUAGAUAGCAACCCGUUCGCCAAAGGCUUCCGCGACACAACGAAACAGAAAGACCUGCUGGACCGCCGCCCCACCGCGUCGGCCACCCGCACCCCCGACCCCCCCUCGCUCCCCCCGGCGUCUCCCUUCCUGCUGGGCUUCCCCUUCCCCCCCCACCUGCACUACCCUCCGCGCAUCCCGGGUCUGCCGCCCCAGUACGCCCUCGGCGGCCCACUCUCCCCGCCCAUCUCGCCGCUGCUCCUGCCGCCGCACCCGUGGCUGCACGCGGCGGACCCCGUCGACGCUGGCCCCGGGGGCGACGGAGGGGGGCGCCCUCUGGCUCCCUGGGAGGUCGCUGAGCUCGGCAGAGCUGCGCCCGCCCCUUUUCUACCUGCCGCUGCUGUCGGCGCCCCGCCGAGCCACCCGUUCUUCAUUUCGUCCCUGCUGAGCUCAGGGGCCGGGCCGCUGCCCCCCGCCCUCGACCUGUCCAAGAGGAAAGGUGACACUUGAGUCCUCUCGGCCGAAGGUCUUUCGCGCACUCCCAGCACAAGCAGCCUCGGCCGGGACGCCCCGCCCGGAGGAGGCGCUGCACCUCACGCAAGGACACACCCGAGACAUCUACCUUGACCCUCAGGAUGCGGGCGCCCCUCUGCAGGUCCUCAGGGUCUGUCAUCACUGGACUUUGCCCACGACGGUCGACUUGGGAAAAAGCUGCAGGUUAUACCUACCUCAGAACACCCUCUGUCUGUCUCUUCUCUUCUCUCCCCCUCUCUUUCUUGCUGUAUAUAUCUAUCUCUUUAUCCAUUCAUCCAUCCAUCCACCCCUCUCCCUCUUUCUCUUCAACCUACAGCCCCGUUUAUAAAACAGGCAAGAGUAUUCCCUCAACUUGAGUGCCACUGAAGCACCAGCUUAACCCAAUCCAAAGAAAUUAUCAUCAGAAACAACGUAUCACAGCAUGAUAAUCCCUUUCCAAGUGGUGUACUUAAAUCAUUCGCUCUCGACGAAAUGUGAUAACCAUCCCCCCCCCCCCCCCCCGUUGGCCCAAUGCACCGAGCGUUACAUAGAGCUGAUAACGCCCACGGGAAGCGGUGGCACUGCCUCCUCCUGUUCCCCUUCCUUGGCAGACUGGUUUUCCCUGUCUGCGGAUGUCGCUCUGAAUGUUGUCUCCUUUCGCUCGUGCUUCAACACACACGUACACUCAAACAUAUAUAUAUAUAUAUAUAUAUAUAUAUAUAUAUAUAUAUAUAUAUACAUAUCCGCG